AUGGCUUGGCUUGAGCGCCAUGAGCCAUGGAUUGAUUGGAGGUCCAAGACCUUAGGUGCUACGCGCAAUGUUCCUGGCGAAGCUUCGGAGAGUCAUGAACCCACCUUCGCUAGGCAACAAAAACGCUACUGGCGCGAGCCUUUGACAGAAGAUGUCAAUGUGCUGGAUAUUGGAAUGUCUGAGUUGUCUAACUCCAAUGUUACAAACACAAGUUUCGAGCUUAGCUCGUCUAGUGAAACGGCACGUACUCCGUUGAGUGUUACUCGUUGUGAUAACGAGUCACUGCAUGCUGAAAGCAUGGUUGGCCUAGGGCCGAGUGAUCAAGGAUGUGAUUCCUUUGAUGUGUGUAUGGUGGCACGUGAAACUACACCGAGUGCGGUCGGCCGUGAGAGCACUGCACGGAAUGUCUAUAAUGAUAUUGUUGUCGAUACUCCGUAUAUUGUGGACGGCCGUGAGGGCACCACGCUUAACGCCGGUAAUGGCGUUGUUGGCGAUACGCCGUACAGUGUGGGCGGCCGUGAGGGCACCACACCUAAUGUCAGUAAUGAUUUUGUUGGCGAUACGCCGUAUGGUGUGGACGGCCGUGAGGGCAUCACACCUAAUGUCGGUAAUGACCUUAUUGGCGAGACGCCGUUAAAUUUGGGGCUAGGCCCAUAA